AUGGCAGCGUUCAAGGUGCUUGGAACCAUUGCCUCACUGCUGCUUCUGUCCACCCCGGCACUAACAGCAGCUGGGCGACCUCCCAACUCGUCUGCUCAUCCAUUGCGCAUCUGGGCUGAUGAGGCAGGACUGAAUCUGACAGAUGGAUAUCCGCUGGGGAAUGGCAGACUUGGUGCCAUCUCGCCGGGAGAUGCGACAUCUGACCAUGUCACCUUGAACGACGACUCCUACUGGUCCGGCCCUUUGCUUCGUCGUGUCAACCCGGAUGCCGUAGAAAGCGUGGCAAAAAUGCAAGCACAAGUCCGGCAAGGAUACAUCCAACAAGCACAAGAACUCGGCAGUCUGGGCUACACGGGAACCCCUGUUUCCACCCAACACUACGAGCCACUGGGGUAUCUAACUCUGAAGCAGAACAUAACAGGAAAUAUCACCAAUUACGAGAGAUGGCUUGACCUGGCCGAUGCCACUGCUGGGGUAUACUUUGUUAACUCCAACGUCUCGUAUCAACGUGAAUAUCUAGCAAGCAACCCGGCCGAUAUCAUCGUCAUCCGUCUCAACGCGAGCGAACCUGGCGCUAUCAACUUCAACAUCCAUCUGGACAGAGAUGAAAACUCUCUCAAUCGCUGGGAAGACUACUCUCAGCCUGUCAACGGUGACACCAUAGUGAUGGGGAGCCGCAGCGGAGGGGCAAACUCAAUGGGUUCUGCAGUCGGCGCACGAGUCGUUGCUACAGGCGGAGAGGUCUCCACGCUUGGAGACUAUGUUCUUUGCAACGGCGCAGAUGAGGCAUACAUCUACAUCUCUGCCUACACGACUUUUCGGACAAAUGACACUCGGAGUGCGGUGCUCAAGGACCUGGGCGUGUUCACUCCAGAUACAUACGACACUCUCCGCGCGGCACAUGUGGCAGACUACAAGCAGUACUAUGACCGGCUUCAACUGAACCUUGGCUCUUCUUCCGAAAAGCAAAGAAACAUGUCUACUCCGGCGAGGAUGGGUGCGAUCAAACCGAACAGUUUCGACCCAGAAUUGUCCGUGUUGUACUUUCAGUACGCGCGGUACUUGUUGAUUGCAUCUUCGCGAAAUGGUACACUGCCGCCUAAUCUCCAAGGUAUAUGGAGUGAGGACUUUGAUCCGAUGUGGGGGUCAAAAUAUACGAUCAAUAUCAAUCUUCAGAUGAACUAUUGGCCCAGUUUGACGACAGGAUUGUCCGACCUCGUCGGCCCGCUGCACGAUUUGAUCCAAACCAUGACAGCCGAGGGCAGAGAGGUAGCCAGAGACAUGUACAACUGCUCUGGAACGGUGUCUCACCACAAUGUGGAUCUAUGGGGAGACUCUGCCCCUCAAGACAACUAUCUCUCAUCGACGUUUUGGCCGAUGGGAGCCACUUGGCUCAUCACGCACGUCAUCGAGCACUACAGAUUCACGGGCGACACGGCCAUGUUGCAGACCAUGUACCCUGCGCUGAAGGCAAAUGCAGAGUUUGCUCUCGACUUUCUGACCCCCUGGGGCGAGUACAUGGUCACGAACCCUUCCCUUUCUCCCGAGAACAUCUACUAUGCUCCCAACGCCUCGAAGCAGCAGGUGUCCAUCACGGCCGGGCCGACCAUUGACAACACACUGCUGUGGGAGCUGUUUGGGUUCAUCCUGGAAGCGCAAGACGCGCUGGGUAUCAGUAAUGAGACCGCUCUCGCAGAGCAGGUUACCGCCAUGAGGGCGAAGCUGCCUCCACUGAGACUUAAUCAGUAUGACGGCAUCGCCGAGUGGAUCGAGGAUUUUGAAGAGGCUUUGCCAGGUAUAGGCCACAUGUCCCAUCUCGUAGGUCUCUAUCCUCUCGGGCGCAUCACGGCGUCCAACACAACCACAUUCAACGCCGCAUUGACGAGUCUGAAACAUCGCCUCGAUAAUGGCGGCGGUAGCUGCGGCUGGCCUCGCGCGUGGACAGUGGCGCUCGCCGCAAGGACGUACGACACCGAAAUCGUGCACGACUACUUUGUAAAUCAGCUCAACAACUGCACCUUCAACACCUCGUUGCUCAACUACGGGUACCCUGCGCCGUUCCAGAUCGACGGCAACUUCGGCACGCCUGCCGGUGUCGUGGAGGCUCUGCUGCAGAGUCACGAAACCGUGGCGACAACAUCAAACAACAAUACCGCGAACGGGUUGCUGAGGGCCGCUUACACGGGCGACAUCGACAAGGCAGUGCUGAUCCGCCUGUUGCCUACCCUUCCGCCGGCCUGGGGUGCCAAUGGAGGCGGCUCGGUCUCUGGUCUCGUCGCUCGCGGAGGGUUCCAAGUCAACAUGAGCUGGUCGAGUAACGGUACACUAGCCGGGGCUAGCAUCACUUCAAACUUGGGCCAGGAGGCGUAUGUGACCUUGGGGAAAGCCGCGAUUGGUAGUCUCAACAGCAAUAACGCCACCUCUAUCAAGAUCGAGGGCAUGGGGUCUGGCAAGUUUGUGCAUCUAAAGUCUGUCAAGGGCACGACGUAUAACGUCACACUGGCUUAA